AUGUCGUCCCAAUCAGCAGAAAAGAUUGCAAGUAUUCUUGAGCGUAAUUUGUCCGUGGAAAAUGACCUUGGAAUUCUCCGCCCAGGUUCUAAUACUGUGUCUCUCAGGAGUUACUCCAAGAUGAUGUAUGUUCAACCGCCACCACUUAGUGCUGUUAUAGAGAAAAAUAAAUCACUUGGAAGACGUGGCACUGUGAUCGUAUCAUGCGCCGACCCUCGCAUCACCCCUGAAAGGUUUCUUGGUCUCGAAUUUGCUGAAGCUGCAAUUGUCCGCAAUGGAGGGGGGCGCACUCGUCCUGCGCUAAGUAGCCUCCUCGCUCUCGACAGCCUUGGAAACACUGGCACUAUCAUCGUCGUUCAUCAUACCGACUGUGGAAUGUCUUAUUAUUCGGAAUCUGAGUUCCAAGAUAGAUCAAAAGCAAAGCAUCCUGAGAUAGAUCUACCUGUCGGGGAGAAAUUUGGAGCUAUAGUAGACCCUGAGAAAACGGUGAAGGAAGAUGUGGAAUAUUUGAAGUCGUUUGAGAGUUGGGGUGAUGUGGAAAUUGCAGGCCUAGUCUUGGACACAUUCUCUGGAGUCCUGAAGAGGGUUGUCUGA